AUGUCGGACGAAUUCGUCGACGCGCGCUCGGACGCGGACUCGGCGGAAGACAACGAGUUCGUCGACGCGCAGAGCUCGUGGACGACGCAGUUCCCGCUGCACGCGGCGUGUUGGGCGAACGAUGUGGAAUUCAUUGAAAAGUUUAUGAAACGACGCGAUACACGCGACGUGAACGCGCUGGACGCGUGCGGACACGCGGCGAUACACGUCGCGGCGUUGCGCCGCGCGAUUGGGGCGAUCGGGGCGCUGGUGCGGCACGAUUCGGUGGAUUUGGAGCUGAGGGACGCGCGCGGGUGGACGGCGACGCGCUUGGCGGCGAGACGUCGCGCGCGCGAGUGCGUUCGGACGCUCGUCGAGGCGAAUCGAUCGAGAAAGACGCGCGAGAUGAAGAGUGGGACGUUGGGGAGAGAACUAGGCGGGGCUUUGAGAGAGGUUGGGGAUUUUGAGACGCGCGUUUCGUGGCGGUUUGGCUCGGCGGUGCUCGCGCCGCUGGUGAAGAUGGUCACCCCGAGAGACACAUACGACGUCACGGUGUGCGGAAGUAAGAUGCGAAUCGAUGGCGAGCUCAGAGGGAUCGAUUCGGACGUGAUGGGGAAGAGUGUGAUCCCGAAGUGGCGUAAGGGUAGAUUUAGUUUGAUUUUUGAUGGCGCGCGAGGCGCCGAGUCCAAGCUUUGGUUCGUCGAUCAUGAGUCGCGAGAAGUCGUGGACGCCACGGCGAAGCCGAACGAGGGAGCGCAGGUGAAAGUCGCCGACAAUACUGUGUCAUCGACUGGGACGCCGCCGGCGCUCACGGAGGAUGAGAUAGUCGACGCGAUCACGGAUGAACUUCUCGCCGAAGGUGCGAAAAAGCGCCGCGUUCGAUGGGAGGAUCUCGCCUUCGCCCCGGCGCGCGGGUGGAUCUCCAAACGCGCGAGCGCGUGGAUAAAGGGACGCAAAACGGAGAUUUGGGAGGCGUCGGCGAAAGUUGUUCGGGAGACCAUCGCCCCGGGCGAGGGAGUGUGUCUCGACGGAACGUACGAGGAAUACGCCGACCGCGCGAGUGAAUGGGGAGAGAACAUCGUGAAGCGCAAGCCGCUCGGCGCAUCGUCGAACGAUGAGUCCGGGCUGAACGAAUUUGACGACGAGGCGAAGAAGUUAGAGCGUGAGAAACGAGAGAAACGCCAAAAGUCUCGGAAAAUGACGGCUCGAUGUUGGCUCGUUCGCGAUUUCCCGCUUAAGGCGGCGCACGCGUCUCGCAUUCUGGACGUCUUGUCUCGAGCGAACAAGCACGCCGAGCGCGUGAAUCGAGUGGUGAAAUACUGGAGCGAUAACCACAAGGAUAUGUUUCCGAUGAAGAUGCAGGUACCUCUCAUGUUCACCGUGUACGCCCAAGUACACUUUAAGGAUUUCCGAGCGUUGGACGAAAAGGCAAAAGCAGCGAAAAUUAGUCAAGGAUUCUUCGACGUCCCUUCCGACUAUCGCGUGAAAACCGUCAACGAAAUGCUAGCCGAGGUGGAAGAGCGCGCCGUGCGCGACCUCGAACGCAUCGAAGCGCUCGAGCAAGGAGACCUCAUCGACGAACCCGAAACGGAGGAGAUGAGAAAGUGGCGUAUCGAAAUCGAGCGUCUCGCUGCCCUCGAGGCAUCCGCCGACGACGAGCUGAAGAUCGCCGACGACGCAUCGUCCUCAUCCGAUGACGACGACCGCGCGCGAUUCAGAGUAGACUCGAGCGAUGCGCGAUCGAGAGCUUAG